AUGUGUCGAACUGACACGGAUGGGUCAUUAAGCGACGUCAAUCCGGACUUGUUAGAGCUGAGCAAAGACCCAGUUGCUUGGCGAGAGCAACGGAGACAUGCCCUGCAAUUUAAAGUGUUUGGCCACGGUGGAGGGAGGGGUGGUGCCGAGGGUUCUGCCGAUCCUGCACCUACCAAGAAUAUUCCCCAAGGUGCAAAGGCGUCUAACGCGUCCGCCGUGGGAGCUGAGUCGCGCCAAAAAAUGGAGGAGCGCGAGGCAUACGUCCUCGAGCAGCUCAAGUCGCACAAACGAAGGCGCGAAGAUGCGGCUACAUCAGCGGGGGCGCCCACUGGCUCAGUGAGUUCUGCGGGACUUUCGACGAAGGAAAAAAUCUUGCAACGGCUGAAGAAGCCGAAUUAA